AUGUUCUCCAAAAUCACCUCCUUUGCUCUUCUCGCCGCCACCGCCUCCGCAGCAGCCGUCCCCAGCACCACACCAUGGACCUGGCAAGUCACCGACUUCAGCAGCGUCUGCACCGCCGCAACCUGCCGCUACUCCUUCAACGUGUCCGCGCCCGCCGGUCCAUCCGGCCAGCCCGCUUUCGACGCUGAGUUCUGCUCCGGCACCAGUGUCCAGGGCGGCUUUAAAUCCUGCAGCGUCGUCGGCGUCGAUGUCCCCGGCGAUGUCCAGACGCAAGAAUUCAACCAGGGUCGCGAUAUCGGCGCUAUUAUUAGUGUCAAGUACUCUUUUACGCAGGGUGAUGUUACGUAUACGUAUACGGGAAAUAACUCUGUUGCUCAUACUGGUCUUGGUCCUGCGGUUGAUUUUACCAUUAUUCCUACAGAGGUUACUGCUGUGGCUUAG